AUGGGUCCCAUAAAAGGAUUUUGGACCUACCAUCUUAUGGAAAAAGCUGCUCUUCAAGGCCUAGUGAUUGGAGGGAAUAAAAAUGAAAAGAUUUCCUCUAAGAGGAUUUUUGUUAUUGGGCGAGGUAAAUGCAAGAUAAGUUGCAUAUUUUCCUCUUAUAUUGAAAGCGACUCUAAUGCUAAUUUUCCCGUUUAUAAGCCAUCAUGCCUUGCAAUUUCAUUUCCAAGAGAAACUUCUAAUCCUCCUGAAGCAUUUGCUAGGGUGGCACCCCAAGAUGCGGAAGAGGUUAAGUUCUACAAAGUUGUCCUUUGUCCAGAGGAUAAGGUUGACAUCCAUCUUCUUUUUACCGAAUUCCAACUUGUCUGCUUGAAUCAUUUGGAGGUAGCUCCUAGGCAACUAUACCCCAACACAUGGGCCUUCGUCCGCUCUUUCGAGUUGCUAUCUGAAGUUCUUCUUAUGAGGCCCGCACUAGGUUCACUCUUCAAUCUUUUUGAAGUGUCCAAGUAUGAUACAUGUUGGUCAAAUCCUAAUGUUAAUAAUUCUGGAUCCGUUGCUACUAAGGAAAAAUUUGGGAAGAAAACCGUAGUGGAUGGGAUUUCAAACCUUGAAUCCCAAAGGAUUCAAACUGAUGAUAUCUUGGGCUUCGAUGGCUCUAAUGGGAUGGGGUUUGAUGAAAACAAAGAAACUGGACAGACAAGUGAGGCUGCAAAGGAACAAGAAGAGCACCAUGAGCCAUUGAGCAGGCAACCCAGUGAAUCUUCAAUCUAUGCAACUGAGGAGGAAGAAGAUGAAGAUGGAACCAAAAUAGAGUUGGGUCCACAGUGCACACUUAAAGAACAACUUGAGAAAGAUAAGGAUGAUGAGAGUCUAAGGAAAUGGAAAGAACAGCUUCUUGGGAGUGUGGAUGUGAGCAACAUUGGAGGUAUCUUUCCAGAAAUUCUUGAACCUGAAGUGAAAAUUACAAGUCUGUCUAUCAUCUCUGCUGGUAGAGAUGACAUUGUUCUUCCCAUUCCUGAAAAUGGAAAACCAAAGGGCUUAUGGUUUACUCUUAAAGAAGGUAGUCUUUACCGUCUGAAAUUCACCUUUGAAGUGGGGAAUAAUAUUGUGUCUGGCUUGAAAUACACCAAUACUGUCUGGAAGACUGGUGUCAAGGUGGACAGCUCAAAAGAGAUGCUUGGAACUUUCAGCCCUCAACCCGAGCCUUAUACACACGAGAUGCCAGAAGAAACCACACCCUCUGGCAUGUUUGCAAGAGGACAAUAUUCUGCAAGAUCAAAGUUUCUUGAUGAUGACAACAGAUGUUACUUGGAGAUCAACUAUACUUUUGAUAUUAGGAAGGACUGGGCUUGA